CCAUUUGUAUGUAUUCGCAGAUGACCACUCGACCGAAUACCGUUACAGGUAAGCAACCUGUCCUUCGACACCUUCCAUUGGCUAAUAUGAACCAUCUCUCCUGAGUUAACCCUUCCUAUAACCUAGACGCAGAAGCCUUGCAAGAGUCAUGACUGCUGGGAAAUAACUCUUGAUAGCUUUAGGAACAAAGAGGCUCUUUGUUCCUAAAGCUAUUGAGAGUUAUUUCCCAGCAGACAGGGUCCUAACCGUUUGUAUUCUGGGUUAAGCUCCUCCUAUUCGCUCCUGUAGUGAUAAUUGGGACUAUAAGCUGCUAAAAAGGCUCAGUUCCUCACUCCUUAGACAUCUGUGCAUGGAAGUAAGAGGGAAGUGACUAUAGAAAAGAUGUUCUGAACAAUUGGAAAAGGAAUGCCACGAGGUCACUUUGUAGAAGAGACAGGAAUUGUGAUUAGAAUUCUUCAGUUACAUUUCAUUGAUGGUAUGAUGACAUCUCCUUGGUCAUACAUUCCUCUUAUACUGCAUAACCCAUCUGCCAGAGGUAGAGGGCUGGGCAGUGAUUAUUUCUCAUAAUAUUAUAAUACUAAGUUUCUCUGCUGCUCUGGAUAAAGGAAUAAUAAUAAUAAAUAAUAAUAAAAUUUAUUUAUGUUUCCUCGCCUCUCCCGGUGGAUCGAAGUGGAGUUACAGACUAAAAUAGAAGAGUCCUUCAUUGUUCAUUGAAAAUUCUAGCAGCCUACAUUUACUCAUUGGAAAUAUUUCAUAUUUCCAGAAGUGGUGGGGUGGAGGAAUAUACAUAUAGUGUGUGAUGAAGGAGUAAGAUACUGUGUGUGAAUAAACAGGUCAAGUACCAUUAAUGUCUCCAUGUAAUUAAUACUAUUUCAGCGCAUUUAAAGCCAUUUAUAUUACCUUGUUCACUGUUUUUACUAAUGUCUUCAUCUUCAUUUUGUUUCUCUAGCUGCGUCUGCAAAGAAGAGAGCCAGGUUUUCCAGUGGUUACAAGCCUGAGAAUGAUCCAGUUCGGAGAGUAAAAGCUAUGGAAUAUAUGGAAGACUUUGAGAUAACAUCAGAUAAAGAAGCUGCUCUAGUAAUAACCAUUGCACAGUCUUUGUCAGAAGCUCUGAAGGCCUUUUGUGAAAAGAAAGCAACUCUCAAGCACAUUAAAAGCCUACCACCACUGAUGAAACAAGGAAUGCGAAAUACCAAUCAGCAUAAAUCCAUCAAGGCAUCUGAAUACUACCAGGAUCAUCCAGGAGACAGUUGGAAUCAUGGGUGCCUGACGAAAGGACUCGCACAAUUGCAGCAUGCACCAAAUAUUUCAUCCACCCCUACCAACUCCUAUGCUUACCAAAUGAGAGAGAAAGCCUCUUCAUAUGGCCUAAAUUGUAAAGAUCUUGCAACAAUGUAUACUCUUGAGAGUUCACUUGCGCUUCAGCCAGGCGGCUUUGGUACUGGAAUUGAGUGGAUGAAGCAAUUCAACCAAUCUGUUUCUGCUAAUUUCCAGUUUGCAACAGUUAAAGAAAAGACUCCCUACUUAAAAACAUCCCAGAAUAGUUACUUAAAACAUUACCAAGAUGGAAGUCAAGUACCCAGUAACAGAAUAGCAGAUAAUAGGCUAAGAAACUGGGGCGGUUUUAGGACUUCACAUGAUUUAAGAGCAUCUUCUUUUACUCCCAUCUCAUACUCUCCACCAAGAACAUACCAGGCAAGUUAUGCUUUACAAAAACAUCCCUCAUGGUAUCAUGAUGGGCCUGACAAUAGUAAUCUGCCUGCAUCUUCAUCUUCUUUUGAAAGCAGUGGACUUGACUGGGAACAACAAGCUGACUACCCAAAACCUGUCCUCGAUGAUGAUGUGGCAUCCUAUACACCCUUUCCUGGUGGCAGUCUGAACCAGCAGCAAAACACACAAAUUUAUAAUAAUGCAGGGUGUGGAAGUAAAACUAACCUUAUUGCUGAUAUUAUGAGCCAACUUCAAGGAAAUGAUGCAGCAACAUUGGCUAACAUGAUUCAACAGCUGGUACCCUAUUAUCCAGAUCUUCAAAACAUUGAUAUUCAUGCAUUUGCUCAAACUUUGAGUGAAAUGAACUAAGAAUCCAAUGAAGUAGAAGUGACUCAAGCUGAGAUCUUGUUGCAGAAACAAAGAAUCAACAGCAUUGAUUUCUGAAACGUAGAAGUACUGAAACUCUUCAUGUUUUAAUACAGAGCAAAAAAUUGCAAAUCCUUUGAAAGGCCACCAUUCACUAUUCCUACUUAUAAACUUAACAUUCAACUGCAAAUAUGUUAGUUUCUACUCAGAAAUUUUUUUCCAGAAUGUGAAUAUUUUUCCUUGCUUCUCUCUGUACCAUGGAGUUAGUAUGCAGUGUAUCAGUACUUGCAAUCUCUGAAACAAAGCUAAUAGCCAACUGUAUUGCCUAAAAUUCUCCUAACUGUAAUCCUGUCCCAUUCCAUCCUGGUGAUCUUUUGUUAACCUCCACUCAUGGAGAACAUAAUAAAGUAUAUGAUUCAAAGCAA